AUUUUCUACAACUACAUGCUUUCACAUGUGAAGUUUUAUUUUAAGCAUGUAAAAGUAGCAAAAAAAUAUAUAUAUUUUUUUUCUUCCUGUAAUUACAGAAGCUGCUGGGUUUGUUUUGCUACUGAUGAGGAUGAUCGGACAGCAGAGUGGGUGAGACCUUGCAGGUGCAGGGGCUCUACGAAAUGGGUUCAUCAGACUUGUCUGCAGCGCUGGGUGGAUGAAAAGCAAAGAGGAAACAGUACUGCUAGAGUUGCUUGUCCUCAGUGCAAUGCAGAAUAUUUAAUAGUAUUUCCAAAACUAGGUCCAGUUGUUUACGUUUUGGAUCUUGCAGAUCGACUGAUCUCAAAGGCAUGUCCCUUUGCUGCAGCUGGAAUAAUGGUGGGCUCCAUAUACUGGACAGCUGUAACGUAUGGAGCUGUGACAGUGAUGCAGGUUGUGGGUCACAAAGAAGGUCUUGAUGUCAUGGAGAGAGCUGAUCCUUUAUUUCUUUUGAUUGGACUUCCCACUAUCCCAGUCAUGCUAAUACUGGGCAAGAUGAUUCGUUGGGAGGACUAUGUGCUCAGACUGUGGCGCAAAUACUCUAAUAAGCUACAAAUUUUGAACAGCAUAUUUCCAGGCAUUGGAUGUCCUGUUCCUCGUAUUCCAGCAGAGGCCAACCCUUUGGCAGAUCAUGUCUCUGCUACACGUAUUCUAUGUGGAGCUCUAGUUUUCCCUACUAUUGCCACAAUAGUUGGCAAGCUGAUGUUCAGCAGUGUUAACUCAAAUUUACAAAGGACAAUCUUGGGUGGAAUUGCUUUUGUUGCUAUAAAAGGAGCUUUUAAGGUUUACUUCAAACAGCAGCAAUAUUUGCGCCAAGCUCAUCGCAAAAUUUUAAAUUAUCCUGAACAAGAAGGAGCAUAAGGCUGUGAUCUCCAGAUGUCAUACAGUCUCACCUAACAGGUUUCUAUGUUGUAUUGGUUCCAUCAUUAUUGCACAGUAGAGAAUUGUGAUAAGUUGCUGCUCCUGUUAUUUUUUUUUUCUUUAAAUAUAAUAAAGCACUGUCUUGUGGCAGGGUAAAGCCUUUCAGAAACCACUGAACUGAAGAAUGUGACUUGACUUUCAUUAUUUUUGGGUAUUUCUGUUGGGCAACAGGCUUCUGAAUAUUUUCUUCGAGCCAGUAAGCUGAAUAGAAAUAAAA